UUUCGGCUUUCCUCAUUGAACCACUGAAUACGCUUUAUGUGCGAAACUAACCUCAUUCACGUGAAUGUGAUUCCAAUAAACUCUAAUUUCCAGGAGCUCUUUCGAUUUUCAAAUUAAAUACGAACGCAGCGUACACAAAAAAAAUUUAUAAAUGGCAGAUUCCAAAAGUAAUCCAGAUACCACAGACACGACAAACGAUGUUCUGGAUACCGCAUCCACAGUGGAAGACAAAUCUAUAGACGAAAGGAAGAUACCAUGUAUUAUCGUACUUGGGAUGGCUGGUGCUGGAAAAACAUCAUUUGUCUCCAGACUUGUCUCUAGAUUGUAUAAUGCAGGAAAGCCAUAUGCUGUUAAUCUAGAUCCUGCUUGUAAAGAGGUUUCAUAUCCUGCUAAUAUAGAUGUAAGAGACACUGUAAAUUACAAAGAAGUAAUGAAACAAUAUAAUUUGGGCCCAAACGGUGGUAUCGUCACGAGCUUGAAUCUUUUUACCACAAAGUUUCAUCAGGUUAUCGAACUUAUUGACAAAGCUAGUAAAGAGCAUAAUUAUGUGAUUUUCGACACUCCAGGACAAAUUGAGGUGUUCACAUGGUCGGCCAGUGGCUCGAUCAUAACAGAAGCAUUGGCGUCUCAAUUUCCAACCAUUAUUGUAUACGUGGUGGACACUGUGAGAAGUGUCAAUCCUGUUACGUUCAUGUCCAAUAUGUUGUAUGCUUGUUCGAUACUUUACAAGACCAAAUUACCUUUUAUAGUAGUUAUGAACAAGAUUGACAUUGUUGAACAUAGUUAUGCAAUUGACUGGAUGCGCGACUUCGAAGCCUUUCAAGAAGCACUCGACAAGGAAAGCGGUUACAUCAACAAUCUUACACGUAGCAUGGCACUUGCGUUAGACGAAUUUUACUGUCACUUGCAAUGCUGCGGCGUUUCCGCGGUAACGGGUGCUGGAAUUGAUGAAUUUCUGGAGCUGGUUGAAGCUGCCGUGAAGGAAUAUGAAACGAAUUACAAAAAGGAUUGGGAAAAAUUGAAGAUGGAGAGAGAAGCCCAACGAAAAAAGGCAGAGAAGAAACGAUUGGAAAAGGCUAGUAAAAAAGCAAUGGGAGAAGCUGUACCGUUUGUGUCAACGGUCAGCAGUGGUCACGACACUUCGGAAAUCUAUCUGAAACACGCGUGUAAUGAGUCAAGCGAAGACGAGGAGGGAACAGAAAACGAUUUUGAGGAAAAUGAAGGUGAAAAGAAGAAAGAAGAAGAAUCAUUUAGAAAUUUCUUAGAGAGGCACAAAAUCGAACAAGCUAAACGACGGAGUAAUCAGGAAUCCGAACCUAAUACAAGUAAACAUUAAUACUUAUAAUCGUAAUUCAAUAUAUUUUUAUAAAUUCUUAAGCAAAUAAAUUAUUUAGCAAAAAAA